AUGAAUCGUCAAACUUUUAACAUUUUUUUAAUUGUUCUUGCAAUUUCACUUGCAUUAACUAUUACUGUUGAUGCUAGUUCUAAAAAAUGUGUUAAGAAGCCUACAAAACCUAAAUGCAUAUCGAUAUGUUGUCUAUCACUUGGUAGUCCAGGAUGGACUAACAAGGUACAUGACACCAGUUCAUACACACCAAAUAUUAAUGCCACCACUGCUCAAGAUUGUUGUGAUUCAUGUGUUGAUGAUCCAGAAUGCCUUGAAUGGAUUUUUGGCACUGAAUCUGGGUGUAAUCGUAUUUACAACUCGAAUCCUCUCGAAGAUGUUUGUUUAAGUAUCAUGACAGUUCCAAGCGGCAUAUUAGAUCCAGAUAGUCAAGGUGGUGUUAUCCGUUGUAGUAACAGCAAUGAAUGUACUUAA